UUAAAAGUUGAUACUAUAUUAUCUGCUUAUCAUUUGUGAAUGCUUUUAUGCAUGUCAUUAUUUAUUGAGGCUGUAACUAAAGUUAUCCUAUGACUUGUACUUCAGCAUAAAGCUUUUUUACAUUGAGGAACUUGAAGAGCAGAUGAAGAAACUUCAUGAAGAUCGUGCAUCAGCCAUUUUUGAAAGAAGAACCACUAACAAUGAUGAUGAAAUGAUUGAGGUGGAAGCAGCUGUAAAAGCUGCAAUGUCAGUUUUAGACAAGAAAGGUAACAAUAUGGAGGCUGCCAAAUCUGCUGCUCAGGAAGCAUUUGCUGCUGUAAGAAAACAAAAAGAUCUGCCAGUGAAGUUAGAUGAAUUUGGUAGAGAUUUAAAUAUUGAGAAACAGAUGCAAAUGAAAGUGAGGGCUGAGGCUCGUCAACGCAAGAGGUCACAAGCAUUUAAUUCUAAUAAGCUGGCAUACAUGGAACUGGAUGAUCCUAAAAUAGAGGGUGAAUCAAACACUGAUGAGAGUGAUAGUGAGAGUCAAGCAUAUCAGUCACAGCGUGAUUUGGUGCAGUGGGCUGCUGAUGAGAUUUUCAGUGAAGCUUCUGAGGAAUAUGGCCAAUUAUCCUUUGUCAAAAGAAGAAUGGAAGAAUGGAAAAGAGAGUAUUCAUCAAGCUAUAAAGAUGCUUAUAUGUCAUUGAAUCUUCCACUGGUUUUCUCUCCAUAUGUAAGAUUGGAACUUCUGAGGUGGGACCCACUUCACAAGGGUCUAGAUUUUCAAGAGAUGAAAUGGUAUAAAUUAUUGUUCACUUAUGGUUUGCCUGAAGAUGGAAAAGAUUUUGUUCAAGAUGAUGGAGAUGCUGACCUUGAACUUGUCCCGAACUUGGUGGCAAAGGUUGCACUUCCUAUUCUGCACUACGAAAUUUCCGGUUGCUGGGACAUGCUUGGUCAACAGGAAACAGUGAAUGCUAUUGCUGCUACAAAAUUGAUUGUGCAACAAGUAUCUCAUGAAAGUGAAGCUCUUGCUGAUUAUAAUUUUCUUAUUUUACACCCACAAUGAAUUUACUCGUAGGUGUUGGUUCAUUUUCUCUUUUUGGUUACUUCGAGUUCUUUCUUGAAUAAAAUUAGAGGUAUUUGAUAGUUAAUAUUUAGCUUGUUUUUCAAAUUCUCCUAUUUUUUAUAUGUGGGACACCUUCAACAUAAAUCUUUGGGAAGGUGAUGAUCUUCAAAACUUCAAAUAUGAUAUUCUUCCCUGCUGAUCAAUCAAUCCAUUGCCAUUGGGAUAAGACAUGAUUGUAGCAAAUAAGCCGAAUUUUCGUUGGUUUUGAAGCAGAAACACUACAUUGGAACUGCUCAGAAACUGACUAUAAAUGUAUAAGG